AUGGGCGCCCCUGAGACACCUUUGGCUCUUCCCAAGCAAGAGCUGGAUAUCCAGCCAGCAACUGUCCGGUACGAAUACGACCCAUGGCUGUUGGAUGACCACCCGCUCCGCUCGCCUCCAACCGAGUGUAUCCCCGGCCUGGGAUCGUUUCUUAGCGGGUGGUGUACAUCUCUUCAGCGACGAUGGAAGGAGACCUUGUUCCGCGCUGGGUGUCUUCUGCUAGUAUGCUUAGCUGCAUUCCAAUGCCUCCAUCUCCUUCACAGCCCAUCCACCAGUAAAGGCCUGCCGCGCCCACCAGUGACCUCCCGACUCAGCCCUCGCGAAUGGCACGUGAGAUGCACCUAUCCUCACUCGGAUCCUCGUCCCAACGCCCUUGCGCAGUCCGUUGCUGCAGGCUGCGACGGACUUCGAACGGGCGUUUGGCUGCACGACAGUGAACUGCAGAUGGGUCCAUCCGACUUGGGCCCCAGCGCUAUCAAUGAUUUGCCGCUGCGCCUGGACCCGAUUAUUGCCAAGCUAGAGUCGGAUGGCGCUUCACGAAGCUCUCAAUCUCCUUUUAUCAUGAGUUCUGGUGGUUUAAAUCGGAAUGAUCCUUCGCGCACGUUUAUGCUUGUACUGGAUGCUGGGUCGUCUCUCCCGGAGGUCUUCCCAAGUCUGGUCUCGCAAUUGGACCUCCUUCGUCAACGGGGCUAUCUGUCCCACUGGGACGGUGCUGAAGUGGUUCAGCGGGCUGUUACUGUUGUUGUCACGGGUGAGCCUUUGCCUAACGCGGAUUGCUCGAGGUCUCCUUACUCGGAUGUGUUUUGGUCAUCCGAAGAUGGAUUUAUCUUUGCCGAAGAUCUUGCCAAUGGCCAGCUACCUCCCAUCUGUAUUGUAUGA